AUGGUAGGGAGAAGGUGGCUUUCACAAAUCCAAGACGAGCUAGUACUAUUUUCUUCGCUGGAGCAGUCACCUGAUGCAGUUGCACUUUUGAACUCGCAUUUGCAAGGCAAUGGUGAUUAUUGUGGAACCGCACAGUGCCUGGAAGGACUAUUCUUCUAUCAAAUGGCUAGAGAAUGGAGAGAACUCUCAGAUGGCGGCGUGAGCUCUUUCAUGAUGAUGAUUAUGGAGGCCCAAGCCCUCGGUCCUGGCCCCGCGGCACGUUUCGAGCGAGCACUUCUUCUAAAGAUUAAGCACACGAUCACGAAUGACCCCUUUUCAAGGCCACAAGCAGUUCUAAAUGCUGCCAGAAGGAUUCGGUUGGGAGUUGAACGGCGCAGCACGAGUGACUUUUACAAUGGUGUUCGGGAUUUCGCCGGAUGCCUCAACCAAGCCGAAAAGUCUUCCUUUGGAUUGUUCCACGCCUUUAUUUCGGUGUUCGAGUUUGCGGUGACAUAUGUACUGUGCGUUGCUAGCCCACAUAAGGCCAUCGUGUUGCCCUGGUCCUGGGCCAUGCUUCAUCUUCCGAGAAUUAUGCAAUCUCAUGCAAAGAGCCAGUUGACAUCAAAAGAGAUCAGAACUCACAUGAGCGCCCUCAACAUCAUCAACGCCAUUUUCUCUACUCUUCUUCAACAGAUCAACGUUUAUCUGGAUAACGGUAUACUCCGAUUCCAGGGAUUCGGACGUGCCUACCGCAGUGCUGGAGCGAUGAUUGUUAUAAACAAGCGCCGCUCCACUGAGCUUCUCUCGACCAUCAUCUUGAAUACGGAUACUUGGCCAAAUCAGGCUUCCGAAUACAGGGAUAUGCGGACCCUCACUCACAGUACACUGCGGUCCAACAUGUCCCAGGGAAUGUCACUUGAUUUAUAUGACAAAGACAAGUUCCGGCUGAGUUGCAUCCGCGCAUACGAACCUUACAACGACAAAGAUGGGUUGUGUGUUAUUACGCUCAACGAUGAGGUCACUCCCCGGCCCCUGCGUCCCUUCAUAGACGGCAAGGCAAUGUUUUCCACGCUGAGUGAAAUCGUGACUCUUGCUAACCUUGCUUCAACCCCGGACCCCACGCGCCCAGGAGAGGCCCAGCAAGGUGAAGAAUACACUGAGAGCGAGCUGAAUGUCAUUGUCGACGUCCAGAAGCGUUGGCGAAAGGUAAUGAAGGCCUAUCCCAUCAACCGACGAUACCUGCAAACACCUGCGGGCCAAUAUACCGUACAGCUCGUUGAGGUAUGCAACAGGGUAUUUGCCUCCGGGGUUGUGGCGUUUUGGCCAAUCCAGCAAAAGCUCAUCAUGCGCAAAGUGAUAUUCACGGAUUUAUUUAACCUGAUUAUGGCUCUGGAUGGCGUGUUGGGUCACCUGCGCGAGUUAAAUGGAGACAGGAGUUCAACAACAACCACUCCAUUGCCCAGGUGGAAGAGCUCACGCUAA